AUGUUUGACCGAUGGGUUCGUGAGCCCUACCGCCUCGCCACUACAGACGAUUAUACCUCACGCUUCGCAACUUCAUGGUUUCUCUCGCCUCUGCAACUGGCUGUAUGGCGUGGUGUCGUCGCUUUCUAUGCCUUUAUCGUCAUUUUCGUCAUUCUGGGCCAUGAAGGCAGUUUUUAUGCAGGCCGAUCAUUCAGUUAUUUCACUGUGCUCGGCUAUUGGGGCCUGGCUUUCUUCUACGCCGUUUCAUGCGCUCAUUCAGCAAGUUUCUGGUUGUAUGGUGAGUCCUGGUUGCAGAAGUGGCCGAGGUCUCUUCAGUGGUUGCAUUCGGUAUUCUAUGCCACUGUCACGGUAUUCCCUUUUAUUGUGACCGCUGUAUUCUGGGGUGCUCUUUCUAAUGGUGCUUUGGCCGACGAGUGGUCUACUUGGUCCAACAUCUCUCAGCAUGCGCUCAACUCUGUCAUGGCAUUUGGCGAAAUAGUACUUCCUCGGACACUGCCGCAUCCCUGGUUCAACAUCGUUCCUCUGAUCGUGUUGCUCGCACUCUACCUGGGCCUUGCCUAUCUUACCCACUCGACUCAACACUUCUAUGUGUAUCCUUUCCUAGAUCCUAAGAACGGCAGGGGCCUGGUCGCAGGAGCUUGCAUCGGUAUUCUGGCCGGCACAAUCGUUGUCUUUGUCAUUGUUCAUUACUUGAUCAAGCUGCGCGAAUGGAUCACCGAAACCAGAUUCGGACUCUACGGAAACCUGUCUACUCGCAACGGCAGACUGAUCAAGAGUCAAACUCACGACACCGUGGAGUUGGACAAUAUCAGAACCAAAGGCUCUACAGUCUAG